GCGCACACGUUAUCACUGUAACUCGUUUAGAGGCAGUUAGAGGUACUUACUGUGAGGAUGCUGUUGUAGUGAUUGGUGCAUAGACAUACAUGGACGUGGACACAACGCUGGACUGUUUCACAAAAUGCGAAAGUGCGCUCGAAAGAAAGUGGCUGUUUGAAAAGCUUCUGCAUAAGCUACGCGUAACGGUUCGGGUGGUUUUCUCCCACGACUCUGGCUCGUCAGUGAAUGAGCUGAGGAAGUUGAACGCGCAUCCAGCGCGGGGAGAGCGCGGCGGAUGGGGGGACACCGUGAAGGAAAGCAGGAGCUCCUCUGGCUGAUCACGGUAGAAAGAAACACUAAGGGAUGUUCUUUCUGUAGAGCAGCGUGAGGCUGUAACGCUGAGGUCUCGUCCCUCAUUGAACUCCGUUUGAUAUGGUUAGUGAAGCCGCUUGGUGGGGCAGUUGUACCACCAACCACACUGCCCUGCAUUCACCUCAAGCAAGGAGGAAAACCCCGACCAUCUACUGUGGAACAGCUGUUUCGUUCAAAGGCUUGCUCAUUAAGAUGUUCGAAGAGGGAUCUCAAGAAAUGAGAGAGCAAAGUUCAGGAGUCCUUCCAGCUGUGGAGCCGGCGGUCGCCACAGGAGUGCUGGAGCUGGACGCUGCAGCAGCCCCCAGUAGUACAGCGUCCUUCACAGACGAAGCGGUCUCCAUCUUGACCUCGAGCAGUCUCCUGGCUCGUUCGCUGUUGGGCCGCACGUCGGCCCUGAAGCGCAAAGACGAAUCACCAGGCGCAAAUGCGCUGCGACGCAAGCGCGAAUUCAUCCCUCAGGACAAGAAGGACGAGGGCUACUGGGACAAGCGUAAGAAGAACAACGAGGCGGCCAAGCGCUCCCGCGAAAAACGGCGCAUGAACGACAUGGUGCUGGAGAACCGAGUGCUGGGGCUGCUGGAGGAGAACGCAAGGCUAAGGGCAGAACUGCUAGCGCUCAAGUUCCGCUUUGGCCUCGUCAAAGACCCUUCCAACACUCCCAUCCUUCCUCUAACCAGUGCACCCUGUGGUCCUCAGCCAGCGGCUCCGCAUUAUUACCUGCCUCAUGAAGAUGGGCUUCAUCCCACCACUCCUAUGGCGCACCAUCUAAAUUCUGCACAGGCCGUGCCCCACAUGGGACGAGGUAUCAGAGACGCUGGCAGCAUAUCGGAAGACUCGGGCUUCUCCACACCUGGAGGCUCCAGCGUCGGAAGUCCAGUGUUCUUUGAGGACAGGCUGAGCGACCAUGGCAAGCUGUCUCCCAACCGGGCUGAGGAGCUGGGCUACGAGUACCACCACUCCCCUGCUCCUGAUACCCUCGGAGCACAAGGCUCAACAGGGCACAUUUCCAUGACAUCCAGCCGGGGUGACCCGGUGGAAGGUAUGAAGAGCCUCCCGCACAAGUUGCGCUUCAAAUGUCCAGGCAGUGGCGACGGCGAAAACCCCAAUGACCAGCGCAGUCCCGUGCAGUCAAUGGGUGGACGAGAUGGUCCCAGAAACCAUUUCCCAUCGGGUGCAGGCGAAGGGGCAAGGUACUGGCAGCAGGAGGGGGACGAAGCUCGGAAGAUGCUCACUCAUCCUCACUGUGGGCCGGCUGGCAAUUAUGGUAACAGCCAGCUGCCUGCAAACUACAGCGACACAUAUUACCACACAGAGAACAGCAUGCUCAAAUCUCAGCUCAGCUCUCUCAGUGAAGAGGUGGCUCAGCUCAAGAAGCUCUUCUCUGAGCAGCUCUCCAAAAUGAACUAAGGAGACUUUGAAGAUCUUAGUUCUCUCCAACAGACUGAAUGCAGGGAACAUGAUCUGAGCCAGAGCCAGCUAUAAAUACUGACACAUUUCUUAUUACAUUACAUCUCAUUACUAGGAGCACAGCGACUGUUGGAGCAGCCAUUGUAUUAAUGUUUGAGUUUGAAAUUCAGCCCCAGAAGACAUGUUUGAAGUCAGUGUAGGUGUAAAGCUGGCAGUAUAGUUCAAACGACGAAAGCACUAAACAAAAUUCAACUACCAAUAAGCACACUAUUGUAAAUAUACUUCAAAUAAACUUGAAUUGGAAGUUCUAUUCAGGAACUCCACACCAUAUGAACACAAACCACUGUGUCGCCCAGAAGACACCACUUUGGUUCUGAAUGUUGAUUUCAUUUGAAGUAUACUGCUGACUUAAGAAAACACUUUUGUGGUUGUGAAGAAAAUCUAUGUGUGUCACAGUCCAUUUCCUUCACUAUAUUUUCCUAUUUUUCAUGCAUUUUUCAUGAAGUAAAAGUUGAAAUACAGACUGGACAUUGCUACACUCUUGAAAAUAAAGGCUCCUAAUCACUUCUAGGCUUUAAUUAGGAUAGGACCUUUAUAUUAUGUGGAGGUUCUUUAAACUUUUAAAUGGUUGUUCACUUUCACAUAUCUCAUUUACAGAGUCCUUUGAAGAACCAUCCAUUCAAACCAAAAGACUUUCUUCUUUGGAACUGUUCCAAAGAGCCCUUUAUAGCGCUUGUAUUUUUGAGAGUGUAUCAAAGUAUACUGGACUAAUAUCUACACAACCUCACAAACUAUGUGCUAGAUCCUACUUUAACUGUGUGCACUACAGUCCCUUACCCCAGGCCCAUCACAAGCCUCACUGAUGAACCAUACUGAUAGGAUACGCUCUCACAAACCACACAUCUACAGACACACCUGUUGAUCUAGCCCAGUUCUGCUCCACUUCACCCUCCUCCUUGAACACUGUGACUGAACCCAGAGAUGACUUUCAGACUCCAGAAGCCAGUGCGUCUGGGUCAUUGUGAGUCCACAAAACCAAAGUGCUCCAUCCUCAUUCAGCACCCCAUUCCUGUAUUAUAUGUCAACUCUGCUGUUAAACGACGGGUUGAGAUGGAUUUGAGAGCAUUUGUUGCUGGUGGUGUUUACAUACGGGUUCGAAAAAGAGGAGCAAAAUAACAGUGUUGUGUUCAUAAAUUGCCAAUAUCAUUCCAGCAUCUGCUGCAAUAUCAGAUGACAAAGAAAAGACAGCAGAAUUCAGUCGUUAUGUUUGGCGGCACCACACGAUCAGGACUAUAUGAUAAACUAACCAGUGAACUGUGGUGGUUAGAAUGUAUUUGGUGUUUGUACAUCAUGGUACAGUAGCUCAGCGCAUCAUCAUAUACAUGACUUGAGGUGUUUUCCCCAUACAACUUGUUACUUCCGUCUGCGACUGAGACGAUGUGUAACUACUAAGAAAAACACUGUAAUUUGUAUUUUGGUGUUCAAACUUUUGGUGUUGCCUUGUGUAUGUAUCUGUGUGUACAGAGUGUACAUUUUUAUAUAUGUGAAUAAAUAUUUGACAACAUA